CCGCCCACUUUUCGGAUGCUUCGGGCACCCGGAUGGAUUGAGUGAGCCGAGCCCUCGCUACCUCCUCCUCCCGGCUUAACUUGCUCAAACUUCCUCAGCCGGGGCCAGAGCGCCGCCGCCGCCGCCCCCGCGGCUCCUGGCUUGGUAGAGAAGGGGUUUGGUGACUGAUCCACAAAGAUUUCGGGAGGCAGAAUUGCUGGAGAGAAGAGCUAAAGGGCUGAGUGGAAAGGCCCUGGUUUUCAGAAGAUGCAUUAUUACAGAUAUUCUAAUGCGGAAGUCAGCUGUUGGUAUAAGUAUCUACUUUUCAGCUACAACAUUGUCUUCUGGUUAGCUGGAGUGGUUUUUCUUGCUGUUGGACUCUGGGCAUGGAGUGAGAAGGGUGUGCUCUCAGACCUGACCAAAGUGACCCGUCUCCAUGGCGUGGAUCCUGUCGUGUUGGUCCUGAUUGUGGGAGUGGUGAUGUUCACACUGGGCUUUGCUGGUUGUGUGGGAGCCCUGAGGGAAAACAUCUGUCUCCUGAAGUUCUUCUGUGGGGCUAUUGUGCUGAUAUUUUUCCUGGAGCUGGCAGUAGCGAUGUUGGCCUUCCUGUUCCAAGACUGGGUGAGAGACAGGUUCAGGGAGUUCUUCGAGAUCAAUAUCAAGUCUUACCGAGAUGACAUCGAUCUGCAGAACCUCAUUGACUCCUUGCAGAAAGCUAACCAGUGCUGUGGGGCUUACGGCCCUGAAGACUGGGACCUCAAUGUUUACUUUAACUGCAGUGGAGAAAGUUAUAGCCGAGAGAAAUGUGGUGUCCCUUUUUCUUGCUGUGUACCAGAUCCUGCACAAAAAGUUGUGAACACACAGUGUGGAUAUGAUGUCAGGACUAUGACAAAGAACAAAUGGGACGAAUCAAUCUUUACCAAAGGCUGUAUCCCUGCUCUGGAGGGCUGGCUGCCUCGGAACAUUUACAUAGUGGCAGGGAUCUUCAUCGCCAUCUCCUUACUCCAGAUAUUUGGCAUCUUCCUGGCCAGGACCCUGAUUUCGGAUAUCGAGGCUGUGAAGGCUGGCCAUCACUUCUGAAGAUAAAAGCCCAACUCCAGCUGUGAAAGUGAAUCCAUUUCUUUGUCAUUAACUUUGCAUCAGGAUGGAAAGAAAAUUGACAAGCUGGCCUGAGAGUUCUGGGUUGCUGCCUCUCCACCACCCCGCUCCAAAUCAAGCCUUCCUUCAGACAUCAGUUGGAUAUUAACUCUAUUUCUGCUUCAUGCUGGUAGAGAAGGAAGAAGCCAAGCUCACAAGCCUUGGAGACCACCAGUGCUUCCUUUGUGUGGUGGUCAGGACCGGGGGGGAGGGUGGGUAUUGUGACCUAGGAGCCAAGAACCGACCUGUAAGUGGCAAAGAGUGAAAUGAAAUACCAGGGGAAGACUAAGAAACUUUGGGGCACAUUUAAGAGUCCACUCAGUGUCAGUGUUUGCAGAUAUCACUGUCUUAGAGCCUCGCUUUCUUGGCUCCCAGUUAUUAUAAUCUGAAUUCUUCCUUUGCUUCACCGGUGCUUACCUUGGUGGGAGAGAAAAUCUAGCAUUGGGAAGAUAAAAAUACAUAGAGAAUCUCUCUUCUGUCUCAAUAAUGCCCAUUGUGUAGAAGUUUAAUUGUUUCCUGGAUAUCUUGUCUUUCUAAAGGGAAGCCCAGGGAGUGAGAGAGACAGACAGACAGAAAGACAGACAGAGACAAGAGAGAGUGUGUUUACACAGAUGAAUUUAACUGGGUGCCAAGACAAUCAGAAUCAAAGAGAGCAUGGAACUUCAACUGUGCAGAAGUUGUAGAGACCCUGAGCCAAUGUAGAUACUUUAGUUACAAAGAACUUUCUUACCCUCCUGCACCCCUGAGAGAAGCCUCCAAAAGGCAGAACCUCCUUGAACGUUCUCCCUAAAGGCUUUUCUGAGGGCAGGAGCCAUCUUCUAUUCCAACAGCAUUAUGUUCCAAAGGCAUUUUGAGGGGGGAGGUCUGUGGGUUGGGUUUUCCUCUAAUAUCUGUCUCCUCAUUUUCUGAAAGUUUGUAAAUAGUUUUAUUUAUAGGGGUAAGCACAUUUUCUUAGAAAUACUUUGAUAGUUUUUUCUAGAGCUUCCCCUACCUACCCCAAAAAGCCUUGAUUCCAUGAAGACCCGAGUUCAGGUCCAGACUCUACACACAUAUUUGUUGUGUGGCCUUGUGGGUCACUUAAGCUCAGUGUUCUUAGCAUGUCUCCCAACACUAAGCUGGAGGGAAGGUGCUGACUUGUAGAGGUAGUGGGGAUUUCCUCACUUGUGAGUUUCUUCUCUACUCCUAUCCCUAUCAGCUGGGCAGCAUUAGUUGGAAUAAGGCCAUUUUUCUAAAACCCAUUUACCUUCUGAGUUAGAAUUGAUGCUAAGCAUUGGUUCUAAGGCAGAAGAAGAGUAACAACUGGGCAGUUGGGGUGACUUGCCUAGGGUCACACAGCUAGGAAAUGUCUGAGAUCGAUUUUGAACCCAGGAUCUCAUGUCUCCAGGCUCGUGCAUCUAUCUGCUGAGCCACCUAGCUGCCCUAAUGAGGCUAUUUUUAAAAGAGCUCACCUGUGAAUUCUUUUGACUGAUGAUGAUUCUGGGUAAUGUCUUCAGAACCAAGUUUUUCUUAGCUUCUUUUUUUCCCUUUACCACCCAGUACAUCCAAAGCUUCAGCCCCUUCUUUUCUUUGCUGUCAAGUGGAAGCAGUUUUUCCCUGUCUUCUAAGACUAGCUAAUAUUAAGGAAAACAAUUGACCAACAACUUCAUUGGGGAUUUAUGAAGCCAUUCAGUAUUCUUUCUUUUCUUGGUAAGUUCUACCUUGUGAGAGCCUUUAUUCUCUCUAUCUUCCCUAACCUCCUGCCCUUUUUUGGGGGUUCCCAACCAGGCAGGGUUCAAUGCUUGUAUUGUCUAGCUUUAUUGCAUUGUCUUACCUAAGUUCCAUAUUGCCCUUUUUUCAUUUCUGUGUGUUUAUUCCAUGAAAUCUGUUUCCCUUACUAAUUAAUACAUGCACACCCCUUUGUUCCCCGCAUUGACCCCCAGAGUUGGGGCAUAAUCAAUUUUGUGUUGGGCCAUUUACUAACAAACUGUCAUUCCUGCUUAUGAUGGUGCCCUACUUGUUGUUCAGGGAUUGCUAUGUUUAAUGUCCAUGCCUAUCAUGAUGUAAGUUCUAGCGUGGUAUAGACUGAUUUUUUUUUUUUUUAAGUUUUGUAUGUUUGUAGACUAGGGAAAGAAUGAUGCCUAUGAUUUUGGAAGUGUGAUGCCUUUCUUUGACUGCCAAAUCUGUUUUUUUUUGUUGUUGUUUUUGAAUUAUAUCUUUAUAUAAAUGUUGACUUUUUCUUAUUUCCCAAGUGGCAUUAAGUAUCACAGUAGUAAAUAAACAUGGCAACCCUGGGACUCGGGGGCUGUUUGGACCAGA